CGCUGACUUGCGCUUGUGUACGCCGCCAUCUUGCGAGUGCCUUUCCGUUCAUGCGCAGUUGCCACAUUUUAAAUAAAGCGUGUGGCGUGUGUAGGGAACCGAAACAAGUGUGCUAUACCAUCGAGUUGCAGAACGCCGAAAUUGAGCAGGAUUUAUUUUCAUUAUGGCAGGUGAAAAUGGGCAGUCAGAGGUUACAGCUCUUGAGAAAAGGAUCAUCCGUCAAGUUGAGUAUUAUUUUGGUGACAUGAAUCUGCCAAAAGACAAGUUUUUGCAGGAGAAAAUCAAAGAAGAUGAUGGCUGGGUUUCAAUGGAUGUCAUGCUGAACUUCAACCGUCUGAAGUGUUUGUCGGAUGACAAAGACGCCAUCUGCACAGCCCUGCGCAAGUCCAGCACAGGUCUCAUUGAGGUUGAUGAGACAUCUACAAAGAUCAGACGCUCACCUUUGAAACCACUGCCUGAUAACACAAAGGAGAGGAAAGAUGACAUACAAGCACGAUCAGUAUAUGUUAAAGGCUUCCCUCAAGAUUCAACUUUGGACUCACUAUUAGAGUUCUUUGAGAAGCAUGGCAAAAUUGAUAAUCUCUUUAUGCGACGCAAAGCCAAAAAUGACAAAACUUUCAAAGGAAGCGUAAUGGUGGUGUUCUCAAACCGAGAUGAAGAAGAUAAAUUUCUUGCCAUUCAGGAUUUGCAGUACAAUGAUGUCAGCCUCAUCAAGAUGACAAAGGAAGAAUACUUCAAGAAGAAGAGUGAAGAAAUUAAACAGAGAAAGCUUGGAAAUGACACUUUGAAGGCACAAGAAAAGAAGGCAGAAGAAGAUAAGACCCUGCAAGAGAAAAUUACAAAGGGUGCUGUCCUAUUCAUGAAAGGACUUCCAGCUGAAACAAAACUAGAAGAUAUUAAAGGAUUUUUUGAAAAGUUUGGGAAAGUUGCCUGGGUGGAAUUUAAUCAAGGCGAAGAUAAGGCUUUAGUCCGUUUUGGUGAAGGCAAUGCUCAAAGUGUGAGGGAGAAAGCACUGGAAGCAGGAGAGGGCAAGAUUGUCAUUAAAGAAGCAGAGUUAGAAACUCGCAUUUUGGAAGGUGAAGAGGAGCUGGAGUACUGGCGCAAAAUGUUCCGGGAUUUGGCAGAACGUAGUAAUAGAAGAAGAAAUCAACAGUCUCAGUCACGUAAGAGGAAAGGUGGCUUUAAAUCAAGAAAGGGCAAUGAGAAGGGCAGCCAUGGAGGUGAUGAGGAUGGGGAACCCAAACCUAAAGCGAUGAAAAAAGAUGACAAGUCUCUGUCUGUACAAGCUGAGGCAGAAAGUUGUGAGCCUCAAGCAAUGGAAGUUAAGACUGAAGAUGCUAAAAACACACCUGUGAAAAGUGAGAAACAUGAGAAAUCAGCUGUCGAAAUAAAGACCGGAACUGAUGGGGUGAAGCAAGAGAAUGAUUGAAAGUGUAGGCUCUCAACAUCAGAUAAACCAGUGUAGAUGAAGGGGACUGCAUCAAGAAUGCAAAGAAGGCAUUUUUGGCCAGUUUUUGAACCAAACAGAAAAGUUUGCUACAUAGUUUGAGUGUACAAAAAAAAAAAAAAAGAACUGGUGAAAGGUGUACAUGGUGUGUGUGUGAGAGAGGGAGAAAGGCAAAGCAGUAAAAUGCAAGGUAAAAAUUUAGAAAAUAAUCUUUUUUUUCUGCUUUUACUUAAAAAGUAUUUACAUUUUUUUGUCAGUUUUUAAUGUUCUACCAAGUAUUAUAUUUCUGUAUAACAUUUAAUAAUCAUAUAAACUUUUGUUUAAUAUGUGAAAGUAAGCAGAAACUUAGUUUUUAAAUUCAGUUCUUAAAUGGUUUGAAUUGCUUUUUUGCUUUGGAGAAGAUUUCUGCUGUUAUUGCCCUUUUUAGGUAUGCCAUGAUAAGAUUUUGUGAACGUAAGUUUUGUUUUACCAUCCAAAGACUUGCUUAAUUUUUUGCUAGUAUGUUCAUAACUAGAUUUGCAAACAUGGUACCAUUAAAACCUUGGUGAGUUCUCAUACUGGCUGCAUGUCCUGUUUUUCUGCAAAUUCUACCACUGAUUUCAUUUUUACACCUUUCAGCAGCUGUUAUUGCAAUCCUUUCUAAAGUAGAAAAAUGUGUGGUGAAAGAAGUGAUUGAGUUCUCUUUAAUUUUCAUACAGCAAUAUUUGUAAUUUUAGUCACUUUUUGAAUGAGUCUUUUUUUUUUUUUUUCAUUGCUUUUUAACCCACUGUGCACAUCUUUUCCAAAAGAAUCUUGCUGCGGAAAAAUGGACAAAGUUGGUUGUGAUGACCACUGGUGUUUGAACUAUAAACACUACUGGAUAGACCCUAUACACAUGCUGUAACAGAACUUGUCUGAUACUCCAAAUUUUUAUUUAAACCAGCAUAAGAUAUGAACCAAAAAUGACACCUACCUUGUUAGGUUUUUAGUGAACUAAAAAUCCAUACAGUGUUGACAGUUUAUGUAAAACACAGAAGCACGGUAGCAGAGCCUACCUUAUCCAGGAACCGCAUUGUCUUAGACGGCAGUUAAUUGGGUGCUAGCAGGCAUCCAGAGAACAACCAGUAGUUUUGGUACAUGCAUGUGACUAUAUUGUUUUAUUAGUUUUGCCAAGCCCAGCACACUGACCAAGCUAAAAUGCCCUCAGCAAUUUUAGCCACUCUAUCAAGCUUCUUGAAAAGCACUGGAUACCUGGCUUUCCUGUGAAUUUUUCUGCAAAUUACAACUUCUUUUUGGGGUGAAUCUAUGCUUAUCAGUAUGUUAGUGAAGCAAGUGAAAAAUGUGAUGCACAGACGAUCAAAGAGAAUUGUUUCCGAUGAAAGGGAAAUGAACAUUGCGGUGUUGACACAUAAACAUAUCUUAGGAUUACGAAAUGAGUACUGUAGGUUUGGAUUUGAAUGCUUAUUAACCAAUGUGUACUCAUGACUAAACUGGACUGGGCAUUGCCGCGACUAUGCCAGGAUAUACUUGUGUAAAUAAACCAUCACAUAACCA